CCCCGUGUCUAGGACAUGGCACCCAAACAGCCCCAUCCCCUGCUGAUGGUGGUCUGUCCCCCUCCCCUCACAGAGGUGAUCACCACCAAGGAGGAAGAGGUCCAGGAAGUGGUGACAGCCCAACCUGUCCAGCCGGAGAGCAUCAUGUUGGAGGAUGAUGAUGGUGACGAUGACAGUGAUGAUGAUAGAGAUGCUGACAGCAACCUGGCAGAGCCCUGGAUCUUCAAGAAGUGGUUUGGCCGCUCAGUACCAGGGGAAGAGGAGGAGGAGGAGGAUGAGCAUAAGGAAGAGGAUGAGCAUAAGGAAGAGGAUGAGCAUAAGGAAGAGGAUGAGCAUAAGGAGGAUGAGCAUAAGGAUGAGGAUGAACAUGAGGAUGAGGAGCCCACAGAAGAGCCCACGGAUGUCCCCGAGGUGACACCAGCUGUGGCAGAGGUGAAGAAGAGCCGGGAGAAGAAGCUGGAGAAGAAGGAGGAGAAGGCGCGGGAGGCCCGUGCUGCCCAGGCCGAGCGGAGCAGCCGGAGGGAGGCACGAGCCAAGGACCGGGCGCAGGGGGACAGACCCAGCAGAGCCCCCAGGACCCACCGGGAACCGGAGCAGCAGCCCCAGAAGAAGCGGGGCCGGGAGGGGAGGGAGAGCCGGCGGGAGCGGGACGAGCCCCGGAGGGAGGGGGGAAAGGGACGUCCCGGCAGAGCCAGUGAUGGCCGCGAGAGCCCGAAGCGGGACUGGAGGCAGCAGAAGGGCAGGAAGCCCUGGGAGGACGGCGCAGCCCGGCCCAGGGAGGGCAAGAGGCGCGACUGAGGCCGGGGCAGCCAAGGGGCUCAGUGAUGCUGGAUCCAGUGGGAUCCAACCCCGGCAGUGCAACCCUGCUGCUCCCUGCCUGCUCUCCAGACACCCUGGCACAGGCAGCAGGUCCAGGAUCACCCAGCAGCAGCAGAGCAGCCCGGGAGCCUGGCACCAGCCUCCUGGCGACUUUGAGCCCCCCUGGAUUACACGCACAAAGGCAACGUGAAAGGACCUCGGGAAGGAGCCUCCCUCCCCCCCGGCCUUGGUGCAACUUCUCCAUCCCACCCAAAACCCCUCUUGCAGCCCGUUUUCCCCCGUGGUCCCGAGGCAUCGAGGCAGCACCGUGGGCACAGGGACCCCAGUGAACAGAGUUUGUCUCCAGACUGUGCAGCUCUUGGUGAAUGGUUUUAUUCGAAGCAGAUUGAAAGAGAAAUUACAUUCUGGGUGAAGGAAGCCAUCCUCAGAGAGGUGCCAGAGGAACAAUCACCUCACCGGGCCCCGGUGCCGGCGCUGCAGGGUGGCACAAAGCUUUGCUGGUAGAAACCAGGGCUGGCGAGCCCAUCACCGGGGAUCCCUUCAGGCCUUGCCUUCACAGAGUCGCUUUUAGAACGAAACACAAGUGCAAUACCACGCAGCGCUGUAGCAA